UUUUUCUUUGCCCCCAAUCUCCUUGCCGUGGUUGUGUUGCCUCCUUGGUGGAAUCUAGGUCUUGCGCUGUUUGUCCAGUCCUUCGGAAUUAGAAAUAUGCUGUGCUCCUAAUCAUCUCCUGUUGCUAUGUUCUAUGGCUCUGCGCCGCUGCUUAUUCGAUCCCUCUUGGGGAUUAAGGAACAGGGAAUCGUUUAUGAUGAAUCGAAAGAGGCACUGCUCCAUGCCUGCAAGCAGAAUGGGGCGCAGAAUGGGGAUAGGGAGGCUGCCGUGGAUGCUGAGAUAGCACGGGUUAACAAGCUACCUGCCCAUAGCUCCUAUGCUACACACCGCAUGAAGGUGUUAAACAAACUUCGCCAUCUGUUGUCUAUCAAGAGGACCACAUCCCAAGAUGAGGAGCUUGAACUUCUUUUUGCAAGCCUUUCAAUCUAAAGUGUCUCCCUGAUAAGUCAUGUUUUAGCCCUGCUAGGUGAGCGCACUAUUCCACUGUCCACAGUUAAUACCAUAUUUCCAAUAGUUUUCAAAUCCAAGGAGAUCCCGUUGCUUUCUGCACCAUAAGUUGUGGGUAACCUUGUGUGAGUGUGUGGUGUGCUCUGCUCCUCAUGACCUGGACGAUGUGGAAUGUUUGGAACUGUAUCAUAUACAAUCAGUUGUACGCAAACGGAGGGUUGUAACCGUAACUGUACUUGCUCUUACAAACGAUUUUAAGUUUGCUAAAUAACCAUGGUGUCUGCUGUUGCCUCGUUGGACUCCUGUUUA